GGGAGUUAACUCUUUGCAGGUAAACAAAUAUGGCGGAAGAAGGCGGAGCAGAUACCCAAAACGGAUCACCGGUGGUUAAAUUAAAUGCAUUAUCGUUUGAUAUCGAUGAGGUAACUCAGAAAAUAGUCACCAUUAUUUAAACUUAACGCAAGCGUUAUAAAUAAUUCAAUGGCGUGAUAAGCCACGGGUCGGAUUCUAGUCUUGCAACGCUUUCAUUCAUAUUCAUUAAUCAUUAAAUUCUGAUUCAUUUAAAUUAGUAUUAGUAUUAGAAUUAGGCACUUCAUUACUAUCAAUUACCGUAAUUAUUGGCUAUGAUACUAUGAUAAGGGAGACAUUUAUUUUUUUAAUAAUUAUAAUAUUAAUAUUAUUAAUGAUUAUUAACUUUACUUUAACUAUUUAUAUGUAUAUCCUCUCUAUUCUACACUAUUAUUAGAUACUUUUGUCAAAAAUGUAAACAUUUUUUAAAAAUAAACCAAUGGCACAGUUGAAUAGAGCUAAUUUUAAACAGAAUUAUAACACCAAAAUCAUAUUUUUAGCUGUUGUAGUUUUAAAGUUAUGAAUUUUUAAAGUACGACUUGGUUUGUCAUUUUUUAACAUGGACUUCAUCUCCACAUUCUGUGACCUCAUUCCACUGAUCGAGUCAUGCGCAAUGACUAUAUAGUUUAUAUAAGGCAACGCAUUCCCUAUCACUAAAAUACUGUUUAGGGUCGACUUAUUUUAAACUUUCAACUUUGGCACAUGAAUAAUUAAUAAAAGCUUUCCCUGACCAAUGGUUUAAUAGCUUUUGCACACGGCAAACUCUUAUGAAUGAAACUCUGAGAUAGUACUACGACGUAGCCGUUAUGCAAGUGGCUGUGAAUGGUUGCCAAUGACAACGUGUUGCACAGGGAAAAUUCUGAUCAUUUAUAAUAUGGACUCUGCAGGGUUUUUAAAGCUCAAAUUAAAACAUUUCCAGUUUAAAUGUCUUCAAAAUGCAUUCUGAAACACAAAAUAUAAAAUAUUUUGAUGUAUAUAGUGGUAAUAAUUAAAUAUUUCCUAAGUAUCGGCAACUUCCGCCAUUAAAAAGGGGGCGUGGCCCACGCCAUGUCGAAAUUAGGCUGAGCCACCUUAUGGUGAUAUGGGUCACUGUGACAAGUGUAACAAACGUGAGACACGACCUACAUCAAUGAAACUUGGCACAGAUAUAGAUCAAUAUCUAAUGCUCAUACAGAUUUAAUCAAAAAGGACCUUAUCUUAUUAUUUCACAAAAAAUUUUGUAUGCGAAGAUGCCUUAUAUAUACCAAAGAUUUUCAAAAUAAAGGUCGAUUGAAAAAAGCAAAAUAGCUGGCUAGAAAUGUAGGCCAAGAUGUCUUCCAAAUUAUAAGGCCGGAAACGGAACUCAAAUAUAUGUGGAAAGAACUAAUUUAAUAAUAAAUAGACACACACAUCGGAAAAUUAAAAACUCGGAUUUUUCGGCGCCGACAGCCAUUUCCGAUACAAAAAAAAUAGUAGUCUCCCUUGUUUCAUCGAAGUAUCUACUAUUAUGAUAAAGUAUAUUAUCAUUUAUAUUACUGUUUUUAUCUUAUACCUUACUCUUACUCUUAUCAUGUAAAUGUAGUACUUCGAUAAAGAAAAUAUAAAAAUAUUAGGCAAAUAAAAAAAAUGAGACCAGAAUCAGAAUCAAAUUUCUAGCCUUAUUGCUUUUUGAGCUAUACAUUUUUAAAGUGUGAGUUUGUUUGGUAUUUUGAUACAGCGCCAUGACCGCCAUGGCCAUGCAAAUUCCCAUGGCUGCCAUCUUGGUUGCCAUGACCCAUGAAAGGUCACGGGUCAUGGCAACCAAGAUGGUGGCAAUGUAAAUAAACUCACGUCUGCUAAAACUGGGAGGGCAAAUGGAGAGAAAGUUCUGGUUUAACUAUUAACCGACAGAAUUAAAAAAUAUGAUAAAAUGUUAAAAUUUAAUGACAAAAUUUCUGCCGGUGCAUACAUUUUUCGGUGAACAUAGCUACUUUAUUGUAUCCCUCUAGAUAUGUGGCAAGAAAAACACCUGUGGUUGCUCUCUUUCCUCAUCUAAUUUCAGUCAGUACAUGCUCCAUCUCUUCAAUUAAAAACGUGUGGUAAAAAAACUUAAAAAUGAAGAAAAACAAGGAAAAGCAAUUGUAAAAUAAUGACAACCCAACUUAAUUUCAUAGAAUACACUUUUCCCCACUUUAUUUCAGGUUCCACCAAAUAGAAUAUCCAAAAGUUGUCAGAAAAUCAAUAAAAUACUGUACCAAACACAUUUUCAAAUAUGGUGGAGAAAUUAAAAUAUAUUAUAAUUACCCAACUAAUGAAAUUUUGAAAUUAUAAUUUAACCUACCAAUAAAAUUUUAAUUCAAAACACUGCAUCGGCAUAUUAAUGAAAAUUUAACUCUAGCAAUAACAACAAGGGGAGUGAAUCCAAAAACAGAAACAUAACAAAAUCAUAAAAUACAUCAAGGCGCAAUAUGUAUGCAUUACCCAGUAUUUUUUACCACGUCUAUAUGGCUAUGGACUACACCUUCAAAUUUUGUGAACCCAUUCCGCUGAUCACGUUGUGAGCAAUAACUAAGUAUGUUAUGCAUAGUUUCAUAGUUUUUUUGGGGAAGGGGGCAACAAAAAGCUAUGCCACUGCUUAGCAGCAUCAUUAAUAAUGUAUAUAAUAUUUAUAUUUUAAAAUUUCAUCUUUUGUCUUAGCUUGAUGACUCAGAGUUUGACAUUCCUAAAGUUGACAAUGUUCCUACUUUGGAGAGCAUAUUAAAUGAAGUAAGUUGUCAGCAGAGUGGAGAAUUGAAGGAUUGGAAUCAAAUCAAUACCAUUAUCUCAUUAACAUUCAAAAGAGCAUAGCCCCUCUACUUGCGCCAGCCACUAUCAAUUAUUUGUUGGCCAUUUUAGUUAUCAAUGUCCCUUCAAAUUUAGCCAUCAGUUGUUUUGUUUGUUUGUUUGCAAUAAAACUAAAUGUAGAAUCCACUUAUGCAUGGAAAACUCUUUUUAACCUUUGUGCCAUUAAUUGGUCUAUAAAAAAUUAAUGUAUAAGUAUAAGAUUUAUUUUAUAGCUAAUGGCUAAUGCCAUCUUCUUUGAGUUGCUUCUCUUACAAAUAUUUAAAAUGUUAGCUUGACAGAAACUUGCUCACUGGGACUGUCACUGGGUGCCCAGCACCUGCCCUAGGCUAACUGUCUGGACGAUUCUAGGGUGCCGAUUUUAAUAAUACAAUUUUUUUUAAAUUCAAAAAUUGUUAAAAUUUCAAAUGAGACCAUUGUUAUUUUAAUCCUCUACUGACUUUUAGGGCCAACUUUUGCCUCCCUAGCACCUGCCUACUUUGCAGGUGGGAAAACAUGAAGUAGAUUGUCACGCAUGAUGCUUGUUUGGGCACCUUGCAAUUAAACUACUGUACAUUUGUCUUCUAAAAUUUACUGCUUUUUAGAGCUGUUUAAAAAAAGAAAAAGAAAUCUACUUUCGUUAACACCUACGAGACUUCAAAGUUCAGCAUUGCUUUCCAAGCUCAGUAUGCAUGACCACAUGAUAGGUUUACUAGACUAGCACAUGAUAGGUUUACUAGACUAGCACAUGAUAGGUUUACUAGACUAGCACAUGAUAGGUUUACUAGACUAGCACAUGAUAGGUUUACUAGACUAGCACAUGAUAGGUUUACUAGACUAGCACAUGAUAGGUUUACUAGACUAGCACAUGAUAGGUUUACUAAACUAGCACAUGAUUGGUUUACUAGACUAGCACAUGAUAGGUUUACUAGACUAGCAAGUUAAGAUAAUGAAAUAAUCCAACAGAUUGAGGUAGAAUUUAUAGAAAUUAAUGUAGAAAGCAAUAGUUUAAGAUAUUGGUAGAAUCUAACAGAGACUUUGGCUAGGGUGAUAGCCUGUGAACUUAAUGACUCCAUACAUUUCCUAAAACUUGUCUGCUUUGUUCGGUAGCCUGAUAUUGGCUCAAUGGGUAGACUGGUACUCGGGCAGGUGUUUUUCCAAGUUUUGAUAACCCUAUUGCUAUAUCAUGCAUGCAAUAUGCAGAUGAGGCACAUCUUUAUUAUUAGAUUACUGUAUUGUAAAAUAUUUAUUUAUUUUAAAUUUCAUGCAUUGAUAUUGUUUGUCAUAAAAGGGAAUUAAGAGAGUAGUAAAUGGAAGUUAAGGAUUAUGAUAUGUCAACAGGCCGAUGAUGAUUCAUCAGUUCUUGGGGAAGAUGAAGUCUCUACUCCAGGAACUUCACGGCCUGGUUUUCACCUUUUGCAGGCAGGAGAAUCUGGGGAGACUUCAUCAUUGUCAAGCCAAGAUAGUCAUGAUUCCAGACGCAAAGACAGGUGGGUUCUCUGCUUCUGACCAUGAUUAGGUUUUAAAAAAAAUAGGGAGCUUUAUCUGUUUUUAGAGAAGAGUAGGAGUAAAUUCAUGUGGUAUUUGACAUUAUUUUUCAUUUGAAAUGUUAUAAUUUUUCGAUUAAAUGAAAUCUAUUUAAAACUGAGUAAUUAUUUAGAUGUAACAUUUAUUGGGAUGUUUUUCAUGAAAAUAUUGCAAAAUAGAUUUAAGAUCAUAUGUAAACAAUUCCAAAGCAAAUUUAAUUUUUAAAAACUUUUUAUGCUAUUGAUUGCUUACUAUAUUAGAUACAUUAGAACUUGAGCAUGAUUUUCAGGACAAAAAAGGCCCUGUCAACUGUUCAUGGCUCAGUAUUAAGACCCAGCAAGUUGAAAAGUGUAUCCAACCAACUUCUAUCUGCUGCAGUAAGAUACUCUUUCACAGUACAAUUAGAUCAAUAAGUACAGUUCUCAAUAUAAUUUGGACUCAUCAUUAUAAUUAUUGACUAUUUUAUUCUUAGAAAUCCUUGCAUUGAUGGGGGCCAUCAUAUAUUUUUUUAUAAUUUCCCCAUAUAAAACGGAUGAACAAAAUCUACACUUUUUGCUUUAUGCAUUUUAAAGUAAAAUAAAUAUUUUAAUACCUAUUUAUAAGACGAUCUCAAAUAAAUAUACUUUUACUAGACUAAAUAUUUUUAUACUCAUUCCUCACUAAUAAUCUAGCCUAUAAUUUGUUUCACAUCCAUAUAAAAAGUAUCAACAAUUAAAUAAAGUUUGACUUUUAUUUUACUAUUAAUUUUUUUUUUUUUUUUUAAUGUUCACAUUUUUUUUUUACAGGAUAGAGUUGAUGCUGGCUUGCCAACUGCUUUAGUAAGUGACAUUUUUUAAAAAUCUCUCAUUACCCACUCUUAAAACAGCAGUAUUAAAAUUUUUUGAUUAUAAUUUGUUUUACUUCCUUAUAAAAAGUAUUAACAUUUAAAUAAAGUUUGACUUUUUUUUUUCUAUUAAUUUUUUUUUUUUUUUUUAAUGUUCACAUUUUUUUUUUACAGGAUAGAGUUGAUGCUGGCAUGCCAACUGCUAUAGUAAGUGACAUUUUAUAAAAAUCUCUCAUCACACACUCUUAAAACAGCAGUAUUAAAAUGUUUGGAUUGCUCAAGUUUGUUUCACACAUGUAUCAAAUCUUAUGAAAUAGUUCACUUACUUUACAUAAAAUAUCCAAGUUUAAGAAUAUAGUGUAUUUUUCAUAUCUUUCAGGUAGUUUCAUCUUUGAUAGCCAUUGGUACAUCUCACGGGCUUGUACUUGUAUUUGGUAAUUAUUUGUUUUGAAAUAUUAGGAAACAUUUUUCUAAUUAACUAUUUUAUUUUAAAUAAAUUAUUGACGUUAUACUUCGUCUUUAUUGGCAUUGUAUUUUUAUUUAAAAUAAAAUGUUAGUUUUUGAUGUUAUAAAUACGUUUUUAUUAACACACAGAUCCUAAACAAGUUCUUAAAUGGUGUUUGGGCAGCACAGCAGUUGGUGCCCAAUAUGGGUCUGUCUCUGCCUUAAGUUUCAAUAGAGAUUGUACACGUUUGAUUUGUGGAUUUGCAAGAGGCCAGGUUUUACAUUAUUUCAAACUUUUUUUUAGGCCAUUAAAGGGUUAUUUCCGUUCAUUUGCUUUGUCCCAAUAUAGCUGUUUAUAAUUGUGCAAAGACCUAACGUUUAUUUUUUAAUUCAGCUUAAUGUUGGUUAAAUAGAAAACAUUUUAUUCAUCUAUAUUUAACUAUUUGAGUUGUUUUUUAUUUUACAUUUACAAAUAAAAAACUGAAUAUCUAGUCAUCUAUUUUUGAAAUGGUUUAAAAUAUUUGUUUUUCAGCAACCAUUUCAUUGAUUGACUAAUUAUUGUCAAUUUCCGUUUUUUUUUCUUUUCUGAGCAACAUACUUAGUUAUAACUUAUUAUUAUUUUUUUUUCCCUCUAGAUUACUAUGUGGGAUCUGACAACUGGGAAACUUCUGAGAACAAUUUUAGAUGCGCAUCCACCAGGGACAGCCAUACUACAUAUAAAAGUAAUUUUGGUUUUAGUCAAAUAUAUUUUGUGGGAAAACACCAAUUAAAAUAAUAACAGCUAUUGCUACACAUUUGAAAUAUUGUAUCAAUAAAUCAUAGCAAAAAGCAAAAUAGUUUCAAAUAGAAAUAAAAAUUCUUGCAUUAAAAAUUGUGUAUAUCUUACUGUUUAAAAAUGAACCAAUUGAUCCUUAUUUAAGUUAAUGUAAUAACAUUUCACAGUUCACUGACAGUUUUGUGCUGGCUGUGUGCAGUGACAGCGGUGGAUCUGUAUUUGAAUUGGAGUUCAAGUGAGACCUUUAUAAUGAGCCUGAUUUUUAUACUAUCCUGUAACAAGUAUAAAGCCAAUUUAGUUAAUAAUAUUUUCAAGUAUAUCUAAGUGACAUUUUUUUAAAAAGAAUGUUCACCGUAUUGAUUGAAUGUAAAUUGAGCUCAUUUUUAUUUAAUUUUUUUUUAUUGCUCAAAAUAAUUUUUUUAUUUUAAUGUCCCAUGAGUGAAUGUUUUGUGUUGUUUUUCAUUGUUGUUUUUGUAUCAAAAAGUAAAGUUAUGAUAAUCCUUUUCUUUAAAUCUGCCUGUCUAUUUCUUUAACAUCGAAAAAUGUAUUUGACAUCUUUUGCUGGGUAGAUAAUAAAACUUUUUUUAAUUUUUCAGGAGGCUUAUUGGUGUCCGAACAUGUGAAUCCCAAUGUCUGUUCUCUGGAAGGUAAUACAAAAAGACAUGUAUUUAAUAUCAAUUGCUACUUUGAUAAGCUAUACAUUUUUACUUUAUUCACGGAGUAGUUAUUUGCUGUUACUGCCACAAAUUUAUAUGUCUACCCUUUUGUUUUAAAUUUUCAUCAGUGACACUAAACAACCAAAAAAAGUAGGUGGGGGCUGUCGUUACACAAGUAAACAGUGAGCAUUGCAACACUUGAAUAAAUUGUUUGCUAACAACCUUUCUCAAAGCCAUCUCAGACAAAUUAUGGGUUUAGGUCAUUACUAGAUAUAUUAGUCAGCAAAUCAAACUGAAUAUUUCAGUCGUGGAGAAGUGUGUGCCAUUGAACCACUGCACAUGAACUACACAAUAAAAGAUCACCCAAUGCAAGAUGUCAUGGUGCUGGCAAUGGCUUCCCUUUCAAAGGUACCCCCGCCUUUAUCUCUACAUUUGUGCACAACUUAAAAGGCAACAUUUAUUUUAAUUAUUCUUUUAAAUCUUUAAAUAAUUUUAUUGGUUCAAUUGUUUCAUCCGAAAUAAUAACUUAGUAUCAAAUGUCAAGUAAAGUUAAUUUUAAUACAUAUGUCAUGAAAAUAUUUGUUUGAGUUGCUGUGAGCCUAACAAAAUCUCAAAUAGUUUGCUCCAAUCUGAUGUCAAGAGAAGUUAAAGAUUGCUGAGUUGUAAAGUGGUUUUAUGCAUAAUUGCUGUUCAUUCUUGUAAUGUUUCUAUAAAUUAACCUGAUAGCUGUUAAAAAUUGAAAGCAAUGUCGAUGAUGAAAGUUAAAAAAGAAUAUUGUUUGUUAAAAUUGGUCACUGAAUCUUUCACUUUUAACCAUGUUGCUUGUUUAAGGUUCUACUUGUGACUCUUCGUCCUCAUCUCAAAGUUAUGUUCACACAUCCGUUGAAGGUGAGUUAAAUUCACACAUCCGUUGAAGGUGAGUUAAAUUCACACAUCCGUUGAAGGUGAGUUAAAUUCACACAUCCGUUGAAGGUGAGUUAAAUUCACACAUCUGUUGAAGGUAAGUUAUGUUCACACAUCUGUUGAAGGCGAGUCAUGUCUUUAUAUUUUUAGUGCUUCCAUGAGAGUAAGUAAAGUUACAUAGUUUUUCAUUCUUGCUGUCAUUUGAAAAAAGAAAAUUUGAUAAAUGAAUUACUUUAUGAUAAAUGAUAAAUUAAUUACUUUCUGAUAAGUUAAAGGAAAAGUAUUUCUUAAUGUUAAAAAAUAAAUCAAAUUAAUUUUCGGAAACUUUAUCACAUGAAAUAAGCUUAAAUAUAAUUGAGGUAUACUUAAAUUAUUGUUAUUAUUACAGUGGUUUUAUAUAGUGCUGUACACCAGCCUUGGGCUGGGCUCACAGCACUGCACAUAAAAAUAUUAGCAAACAUAAUCGUGACUUUAAAAAAUUACAUACAUUUAUUUAAUUAAAAAAACAGCCGUAUCAAAACAAAAAGAAAUGUAUAUUCACCCCACCCACCCCAUAACUUUUACAUGUCACACCAUGGAUGGCAGCCAGCAGCAUUGUUUUCGGUCGGGGUGGGGGGUGUGGGGAAUCAGUCGGGGUAGUAGAGUUUAAAGAGAUGUAUUUUGAGUGCAGUUUUAAAGGCCUGGGUGGUCAGUGUGGGGGGAUCAGUCGGGGUAGUAGAGUUUAAAGAGAUGUAUUUUGAGUGCAGUUUUAAAGGCCUGGGUGGUCAGUGUGGGGGGAUCAGUCGGGGUAGUAGAGUUUAAAGAGAUGUGUUUUGAGUGCAGUUUUAAAGGCCUGGGUGGUCAGUGUGGGGGGAUCAGUCGGGGUAGUAGAGUUUAAAGAGAUGUAUUUUGAGUGCAGUGUUAAAGGCCUGGGAGGUCGGUAUAUAAAAUCUCCUAAAGACUGAAAAUAGCUAUUUAAUAAUUAGGUAAUAUAAUUGUAUUAUUUAUCUUUUACAUGUUAAUUUUGACAUCUGAUGACAGGGUGACCCAUCCACUUUACCACUGUUAGCCUGGCAGUUUGUUGUUAUACAAGUUUCAGAAAAGGACAGAGUUAUAGACCCUGUUCUUUCAUUUGCCAGAGAUUCUACCAUUUAUUUCUUUCAAGUAUGUCUCAUAUUUAUAUUUUUAAACUUAAAACUGUAUAGCAUUUCUGUAUUAAAAUUUGCUUACCAUUGGUAAACUUAAUUUAACUUUGAAGUUUUAUUCUGCCAAAGAAAGGUAACGAGAUUCUAGGGUCAAGAUGUUUACCUUUUUUGUGCUAAAUUAAACAAUAAAAAGUUGCACCAAUGUAGCUGUUGGAGACUUUAAAAAAAAAAAGAAUUUUUUCUUUUUCACAUUUUAUCAAUUUUAUUUGUAGGUAAUGUGUCAUGGUCCCCAAGAUAUUCGGACGGUAGGGCUACAGAAGUUGGAAUUGAAAUAUCAGCUGCUGAGCAUAACGGUAAAAUUUCAAUUUUCACACUUGAUAACAACUUACCAUUUUUAUCAAAUGUUUUCCAUUUUACAUAUGAAGCAGGCUUUAAUAGGUCAAUUAAAUGGGAUUAUUUAGAGAUAUCUAAUCAUAACAGUUUUGAAUAUGGGGAAAUGAUAAAAUUAACUAUAGUCAUCAGCUUGACAUCGAUUAAAAUUGUUAUAGCUUCCUCUAUUUAUAGUUAACUUAUAAUUUAUUCUUUUGCCUCUUAUACCAAAAGUAUUUGUUUAUAUAUCAAUUGAAACACGCUUUUUUUAACAAAUAAAUAUUUUCUGCACUUAUAUUAUGUUGUAGUUUUUUUGUGUUGUUUUUUUUUUUUGCGCUAAACUAGGAAUCAAAUUUUAAAUAAUGACACAUUGUAGCAUUUGCAAGUAAAGAUAAUUAACAUUUAAUUCAAAGCACACAGAGAAUGCGCACCUGUUGUUAUUUGGAAGUGUCAUCAUAAUUCUCUUUUAAGAAAUGAUAAGUGUAAGCCUCUGACUUACUUUCACUCAGUUGUAUACCUGAAUGGUUUCAUUUGAGACUACUUUCACUCGGUUGUAUACCUGAAUGGUUACAUUUGAGACAUACUUUCGCUCAGUUGUAUACCUGGAUGGUUUCAUUUGAUCUUCAGUGGAUGAAUGCCCGGACACUGGUUUGUUUGGACAGAUCUGAGAAAAUACAUGUCAUUGAUGUGCGAUCUGAGGAGGAGCUGGAGGUAAAAAAAAUAACUUUAUUCCCAUGUUUAGCUCUGAGCUCAAACAAAUGGCUAGUGUGCCCAAUAUUAAAUUAGUUGCAUCGGUUCUGAAAGGAAGGAAUGUGUAUAUUAUUUUAUAACUUUUUUUUUGAAAUUUUAAUUUUUAAAAUUAUAAUUGGAAACGUGUCUUAUUCUAUAUUACUUUUCCUUGCAGAUAAAAACUUAUUUCUUUGGAAAUGAAAAUAAACUUGACAGAAGAUUUUAUUGCUAUAUAUGUUAUUUUUUAUUGAAAUAUCUCUUUUGAGUUUUCUGAUUUUUAAAAUGUCACUUCAUUUGAUGAAUAAUUCUUAAGAUCCAUUUGAUUUGAUCAUAACAUGUUUAUAAUUUAGUGACACCAUGAUGAGCUUCUGUAACAUGUUUAUAAUUUAGUGACACCAUGAUGAGCUUCUGACUUGACUUGCUUCUUUAGGUCAUUGACGUGUCUGCCAUCCAGUUAGUGUAUGGAACAAGUUAUUUCAAGUCCCUGGCCACUGGUGGAAAUGUCAGCCAGGCCCUGGUCAGUGGAUGUUGUGUGUCUGUGUGCCUUAGAAUAGACAUUAGCACCAAUGCUAUAUAAAGCUCUGAUGGCAUCAUUACUGCAUAAAGCUCUGAUGGCAUCAUUACUGCAUAAAGCUCUGAUGGCAUCAUUACUGCAUAAAGCUCUGAUGGCAUCAUUACUGCAUAAAUUUAUGGCAUCAUUACUACGUAAAGCUCUGACUUUGAUUUUAUGUAUCAAUCUCCCAGCACACAUAAAAAAUUAUUUUUGUUGCUUUUGAUAUGUUAUUAGCCAUGUUAUUAAGGUAAAUGAUAAGUGUUGCCACCAUUAGCCUUUAAUUUUGGGCUUCAAUCUUUAGCUGCUGAGAUUUGUCAGCAUUUGAAAUAAAUUAAAUUCUGUGGCAUGAAAAAAUGUAUUACUAUUACCUAUAAAGCUUUGGCCCUUUUGUGUUGGUUUUGAUAUCAACUGAAAAAAUAAAUUUUUUCAAAACAUAAAUUGUUCAACAGAAGUUAUGAAGCCACGUUUUGAAGUAACAGUAAGAGAGGGGUUACAGAAAAUUCCCAUUUCCCUUGAAAAUACCAGAACUCAUACAAGUCAUGCAUUAUCAUUUGUCAAAUAAAUGAUUAAAUUGGCCUCUCAAUUUGUAUUUUUGUACCACUAAAGUUAAAGUUUCAUAUUGAUUUAAGUGCAAUGAAAAUAACAAUUUAUCCCAAAUAAUGAAGACUCUGUAUCAAAAAGCUGAUUUGUUGCCAAUCCAUUUGAUUUUAGGGGGAGUAAAUCAGCUGUAAGUAAAUCAGCUGCAAGUAAAUCAGCUGCAAGUAAAUCAGCUGCAAGUAAAUCAGCUGCAAGUAAAUCAGCUCACAGCAAGUAAAUCAGCUGCAAGUAAAUCAGCUAUAAGUAAAUCACCUGUAAGUAAAUCAGCUGCAAGUAAAUCAGCUGUAAGUAAAUCAGCUGCAAGUAAAUCAGCUCACAGCAGGUAAAUCAGUUGACGUCAGGCAGAGUUAAAAUUAGGUGUUCGAAUUCUUCUUUUGCAAGAUCUUUGUGUAUAUUUUUGCAGGCAUUUGCUGGAGAUCAAGCAUGUUAUCAAUCAGUGGUCAGCCACAGUGGUCAGUUGUUUUUGCUGGGUACGAAAUCUUUGCACAUGUUUUCCAUACGGACAUGGAGAGAGGUAUCUUUUAUGUAAAUGUUAUGUUUAAAUAUUGGAUGCGGGCAAAAUUCAUACAUUUUUUAAUUCCUUGAUUUCAAAAUUUUUGCUAUGAGUUUGAAAAUUUAUUUUAUUUUUGCAACACUGGGUAAUUGUAAGUACGGGUAUCUCAGUUCCAUAUUUAUAUCAAUAAACCAAAUAACUUUUUGUUUAAUUUUCAGCCAUGAAAAGAUGCUCAAGUACAAAAUUUAGUGGGUAGAAUUUUAUUAUAAUUAUUUUAUUCAGAGAAUUACGGUGCUUGUAAAAGAGAAUCGUUAUCCUGAAGCUCUGGCACUGACCUUGUCAUUCUUUAAUGGUACUGCCAAAGCUGUCAUUGGGCUGAAUGGACCACAAAGUAAAAGGAAAGAAGUAGUUUCUGCAGUGGUAAGAAAUACUUGUCAGCCAUUAAAACUUAGUUCAAAUUAGUUAAAUAUAACCAUGCAAUAUAUAUUUUAUUGUGCACACAGCAGUCAUUUAGAUCUUUUGCUUACAUUUUGUUGAGAAAGGUGCGUGCAUCUUAUAAAAUCUAAAAAUGAUGUAUCAUUUCUAAAAAUGAUGUAUCAUUUUUUAUUUUUUUCUACAAAAUGCCACCCAGCUGGUAGAAGUUCUAAUGGAGUAUGUAGAAAUAGCAAUUACCAAGACACCAAAGAAUGGGAAAAUUGAGGAGCUAGAAGACUAUUAUCAGGUCAGUGUUCAAGUCUCAAAUAUUUAUCAUGAAAAGAUUGGUUUAAAACUUAACAAAGUUUACAUUUCAGAAUUUUGCACCGCACAUGAUUAUCACACUACAAGCUCUUGAUUUCAAAUCAUCUGGUAUAUUGCUCUAUAUUACCUGCUGUAUUUUACCCUUAUUAUUUUAAACUAUACCUCCUUGGUUGAUCAUGAAAAGUUUCCAUUAAUUUCACCUACUUUUAGAAAGUUAAACUUACUCUUGAUGGUAUUUAUAAAAUAAAAAUUAACCCUUCGAGAAAUGCGUUCACCUGCCUUUGUUCAUCAAAAAGUAAAAGUAUACUUUUAAUUAAUGGCAUUCUUUCAAAAGAUUUUUUUAAUCAUUUUUAGGAAAUUGUGCCAGUGUGUGUUGAUUACUGCCUGCAUUUAAAUAAUCUGUAAGUUGACUAUUUAUCUGAUUAGUUUUGUUAUUCAUCUUAUAAGUUUUGUUAUUCAUCUUAUAAGUUUAUUUAUUUAUCUUAUAAGUUUUUAAAAUUAUUUACACUUUAAUAGCUUAACACUAAGGUUUUUUUUUAUUACGUCUAGAAUUUUAUGAAAUAUUUAAAGAAAAUUUGAUGUAAAAAAAUAUUAAUGGGUUAAAAGUGCAGAAAAAAAAAACAUAAAGAAGUAGCAGCGAAUAAUAUUGAGGUUGACAGGUUGAGGUUGAGGUUUUCCACCCAUGGCUUUAUAUCCUCUUCAAGACUUUCUUUAUGAUAAGUGAAAGCAGCUGCAAUCAGGUGGGGGUCGAAUGAAAUAUGUGAAACAAAGUAUGGGAGAACCUGAACACCACUUGCUGUCCUCUCGGGUACUGCAUUGCAGCGAAGUGUUUAUUUUAUUUUUUAAAAUUAUUUUAACCAUUGUUUGUUUGCUGAGGAAGGCUUCUUGCUGGCAAAUUCUUUGUUUUGUUGCCUCCUUUUGCUUCAGGAUUUUCCAUCCUUUCUUUCAUUAUUUCCUUCAAAACUUCUGCCUUGCCAGGCUUACAAAGUCUUACACAACCAGCUAUACUUGCAACAACCAAAGAGAAAUUCAAAGCAGCUAUCUUUGGUUAUGAGGCAGGCCAGGCACCAUUGUGCCAGCCACCAUUGUGCCACAAACUCACUAAAUAUUGCACUUGUGAAAACACUUAUGUCAACUUGGAUGAAUUUCAGCUCAUCAGCUUUUAUUUAAAUUUUUAUAUGUUUAAAUGAUCUUGAUCUCAUAGGGAGCUGUUGUUAUAUGUUGAAGAAAUGAUCUUGGUCGUGUAGGGAGCUGUUGUUAAAGGUUGAAAUGAUCUUAAUCUCAUAGUGAGCUGUUGUUAUAUGUUGAAAUGAUCUUGAUCUUGUAGGGAGCUGUUGUUUGAUAGGAUCUAUGAAAAAUUAGCUGCUGAUGUAAUAGCCAAGGGGACCUUCCUGGAAUGCCUUGAGCCUUACAUGCAGAGUGACAGACUGACUUACAUCCCACCAGCUGUCAUGAAGGACUUUGUUGACCACUAUGAGAUGAGGGGGCUCCUGGACAGUGUAGAGUCUUGUAUUGUCCAUCUAGACAUUACCAGCCUGGAUAUAGACCAGGUAAACAUGGACUUGUGGAACAUACAUGAAUCAUUUUUACUCAUUGGCCGAAGACAGAUCAUUUUAAAUUUGAAAGAACUUGAUCAACUCACCACUAAUUUAGAGCCAAGGUGUGAAAAAGGGGGGGGGGGGGAGUUGAAAAGGAAAAACACUAUAAUAAAACCAUUGCUAUAUAAACACAAACAGGAAGAAAAUCAGUCAAGUAUGGGGUCAUUCGCAAAUUACGUCACGCCAAAAAUGACACUUUCAGACCCCCCCUGUCACAAAGUGUCACAAAUUCUCCCCCCCCCUAGUGUCACAUCACACCUAAGACAAUUCAAAAGGUACAGGAAAUUUUCAUGAUUAAACUAAGAUUUUAUUUUAUUCUUUAACAUUUUCUCAUAAUGGAUUAAGAUGUAGUAAUAUUAGAAAACUGUGACGCAAAGCAACGAAGUCCUCUGCAAGCCAAAUGUAAAGGGGCCACAACAGUUUUUGCGUCAUUCUUCAAUAUGUCUAGAAGGCGUGAAUGACUGAGUUACUUAUAAUACCUGAGGCAAUUUUGACCUCAAAUUAAUGUUUUUAAAAUUAAUUCAAUAAAGAUUUUUCAAAAUUAGAAAAUUUUAGAUUUAAAAAAAGAAAAGGUGUGAUGGCACACUAAGUGUCACAAAUUCUUGACAAACCCCCCCCACCCCCCCCCACCCCCCACUCCCGUGAUGUAAUUUGCGAAUGACCCCAAUGCUCUGAGAAAAAAUGGAUCUCCUCCUAGAAAUCUCAUUGUAGCAGCCGCAUAAUGCGUGAUACUGAAUCUACACGAGCUGCAUGUUGAUAUUCUGGUUGAAAUAUUUCUCUUGUGCAUUCUAAAUUUAAUUUUGAAGAUGUUUCAUGGUAAAGUUGCUUGUUGAUAUGAGGUUGAAGUGCAGACUGGUCCUCUUUUUCUUCAGGUUGUGAAAAUUUGCUGGGUUCAUGGUCUCUACGAUGCCAUUAUAUACGUGUAUAACAAGGGGAUGCUUGACUUCACCAGCCCACUGGAACAGCUCUUGGUCCAGUUAGGGGCAGCUCUGGCCACAGGAAAACAACUGACAGGUUUGUUUUUACCUCCACAACUUCUUGUCAUUUUGAGCUCAUUGGUGGUGGCCAACUGUUUGUUAGUUGACCCUUUCUGUAUGUAGCCAGCAGUGUAUUUUUAUAGGUACUUCUAACCAAUGGUGAUUACACUAUUUUUAUAGGUACUUCUAAUCACAAGUGAUUAAAAUAUUUUUAUAGGUACUUCUGACCAAUGGUGCUUACACAAUUUUUAUAGGUACUUCUAACCAAUGGUGGUUACACUAUUGUUAUAGGUACUUCUAAUCACAAGUGAUUAAAAUAUUUUUAUAGGUACUUCUGACCAAUGGUGCUUACACAAUUUUUAUAGGUACUUCUAACCAAUGGUGGUUACACUAUUUUUAUAGGUACUUCAAACCAAUGUUGAUUACAAUAUUUUUAUAGGUACUUCCAACCAAUGGUGCUUAAACAAUUUUUAUAGGUACUUCUAACCAAUGGUGAUUACACUAUUUUUAGAGGUACUUCUAAUCACAUGUGAUUAAAAUAUUUUUUUAGGUACUUCUGACCAAUGGUGCUUACACAAUUUUAAUAGAUACUUCUAACCAAUGGCGAUUACACUAUUUUUAUAGGUACUUCUAACCAAUGGCGAUUACACUAUUUUUAGAGGUACUUCUAAUCAAAAGUGAUUAAAAUGUUUUUAUAGGUACUUCUAACCAAUAGUGAUUACACUAUUUUUAUAGGUACUUCUGACCAAUGGUGCUUACACAAUUUUUUGUGACAUGGACUUGAGGUUCCUGUAGCCAUUCUCCAUGAAGACUUAAUGCUGCAGCUACACAUUUCAUGUAUAAUGUUAGGAGGCAUCAGUUAAACUGAUGUUACGGGAUCUAAGGUUAAUGUCCCAUCCAUUUGGACAAAACAUUUCUUUCAGGAAGCUACCCAGCCAACUGUCUCCUCCCUGUUGUGUUAUCAAAUAAAUUAGUAUUAAUCACACACCUACAUCUUGCUACAACAGUUGAAUCGUGGGGAUGGAUAGAUUACUGUGGCUGGGUAGCUUGUGGGAUCCUUGGGGAUACCAAUGAUGACCCUCCUUUCUUAUGGGCCAUCCUGUGUCCUUUUGUGCUCAUACUGGUUGAUAAACUCAGACGCCUGUCAGUUGCUGGACAGAAGACUUCUUUGAACUAAGUUUGAUUAGAUUACAUAAUUAAACAGGUCUGUGAAGUCGGAAAAUAUUUUCUAUGACUUUGAGUCCAGGUCUUCUCUUAGAAAUGAAGAUAUGAUGCUACACAGGAACUACUAUUUUUUCACAAGGGAUCGUUUUGUUUCUAUAUAGAAUAUUCAAAUAAAAUGUUGAAAAAGAUGUAAACGUUCAAAUUGUCUGAGAUGUAAUGCCGUGUCUGAGUUCAGUGACUACCGACUCCAAGACUGGCUAUAGAAAAUAAACUCCAAAUUGUGGGGAUUCCCAGUUAAAUAUCCAGGUGUGGAGUAAUUAUUAAAUCUACGGAGAUAUACUAAAGAGUGCAAGUGGUUUCAUGUGUAUUUUUUUUUUUACAAUACAUUGAUCACAUCAUAUGGCUCAUAUAUAUUCAUCACAUCAUAUGACUCAAAUACAUUCAUCACAUCAUAUGACUCAAAUACAUUCAUCACAUCAUAUGACUCAAAUACAUUCAUCACAUCAUAUGGCUCAAAUACAUUCAUCACAUCAUAUGGCUCAAAUAUAUUCAUCACAUCAUAUGGCUCAAAUACAUUCAUCACAUCAUAUGGCUCAAAUACAUUCAUCACAUCAUAUGGCUCUAGGCUGAUUUUUUGUAUCCUAACACUGAAUCCAUCAACUUUCCUCUAAUGUUCUCAGAUGUUCACAUCAAGCUUGGAAACAAGUUACUAGUGUACAUCAGGUCAGUUCAUGGGGGACAUUUAAACAUGAAGAGUUUACCUUGACUGUAAGCAUUUGCUCCUAUAAAUGUUUAGAAAAAGUAACUCAGUGCUUUGCAUUGGUCUUGAGUAUCUCUCUAAGGAAGGGAUUUUUUAAUUUUAAAAAAAAAUUAAUUAAAAAAUUUAAAAAAGCUCUAUCCGUUCUUGGCUUUAAUGGAACAAAUGAUUCCACAUAAUGUGUUCCAGUUGCUGCCUGGCAGGGCGAGCCUACCCACUGGGAGAUAUACCAGAAGACAAGGCUGCUUCUGUUAAGGAUCAGGUUAGUGGGUCAGAUGAAUUGUUAAUGCUAAAUUUGUAUGCCACAUUGGUGUGAGUACUGAGGUUAGUGGGUCAGAUGAGUUGUUACGGCUAAAUUUGUAUGCCAUAUAAGUGUGAGUAUUGAGGUUAGUGGGUCAGAUGAGUUGUUACGGCUAAAUUUGCAUGUCAUAUUAUUGUGAGUAUUGUGAUUAAGUAUUUACACCGUUUAGUGAAGUCUAGAUUGCUUACUAGACAUAUAUGUUUUUGAUGUUAGGUGUCAGACCUAAAUAUAAGAUCAUGUUAGCUGUUUGUCUAUAAAUAAAUCAUGUUUGUUAUUAGAGCAGAAGGGGAGGUCUGAAAAAUACAGAAAUUAUCUAAGCUAAAAGUAGACGUUGCUAGUUUUUUUAAUAGAAGUAAAAAACAAAUAAAGGAAGGCGUCAACAUCAAUUGAGGAUGAAUCUUUUACUUGUAUCUGUUCAGGUGUUCAGUUGCUUGACCUGUCUGCACACUAGCAGCCCAGCAGAAGGUAAGAAUAGUAUGAAUAGAGAAAAUUCUUAGAAUCUCCUAUUUAAAAUAUGAGAAAAAUUUUGUUAUAGUCACCUUUGACUUUUUUCCCAAUAUAAUUUGUGUCAGGAACAACUUUUUGGCUUGAUGAUAACAUUUUUUUGGACAAUGUUUUUAACCAUGUUAGUUUUAAAAGAAUAUGUUGCCAAUAUUAUGUUUGUUUUAAAUGAAUAUGUUGCCAAUAUAAUGUUUGUUUUAAAAGAAUAUGUUGCCAAUAUUAUGUUUGUUUUAAAAGAAUAUGUUGCCAAUAUUAUGUUUGUUUUAAAAGAAUAUGUUGCCAAUAUUAUGUUUGUUUUAAAAGAAUAUGUUGCCAAUAUUAUGUUUGUUUUAAAAGAAUAUGUUGCCAAUAUUAUGUUUGUUUUAAAAGAAUAUGUUGCCAAUAUUAUGUUUGUUUUAAAAGAAUAUGUUGCCAAUAUUAUGUUUGUUUUAAAAGAAUAUGUUGCCAAUAUUAUGUUUGUUUUAAAAGAAUAUGUUGCCAAUAUUAUGUUUGUUUUAAAAGAAUAUGUUGCCAAUAUUAUGUUUGUUUUAAAAGAAUAUGUUGCCAAUAUUAUGUUUGUUUUAAAAGAAUAUGUUGCCAAUAUUAUGUUUGUUUUAAAAGAAUAUGUUGCCAAUAUUAUGUUUGUUUUAAAAGAAUAUGUUGCCAAUAUUAUGUUUGUUUUAAAAGAAUAUGUUGCCAAUAUUAUGUUUGUUUUAAAAGAAUAUGUUGCCAAUAUUAUGUUUGUUUUAAAAGAAUAUGUUGCCAAUAUUAUGUUUGUUUUAAAAGAAUAUGUUGCCAAUAUUAUGUUUGUUUUAAAAGAAUAUGUUGCCAAUAUUAUGUUUGUUUUAAAAGAAUAUGUUGCCAAUAUUAUGUUUGUUUUAAAAGAAUAUGUUGCCAAUAUUAUGUUUGUUUUAAAAGAAUAUGUUGCCAAUAUUAUGUUUGUUUUAAAAGAAUAUGUUGCCAAUAUUAUGUUUGUUUUAAAAGAAUAUGUUGCCAAUAUUAUGUUUGUUUUAAAAGAAUAUGUUGCCAAUAUUAUGUUUGUUUUAAAAGAAUAUGUUGCCAAUAUUAUGUUUGUUUUAAAAGAAUAUGUUGCCAAUAUUAUGUUUGUUUUAAAAGAAUAUGUUGCCAAUAUUAUGUUUGUUUUAAAAGAAUAUGUUGCCAAUAUUAUGUUUGUUUUAAAAGAAUAUGUUGCCAAUAUUAUGUUUGUUUUAAAAGAAUAUGUUGCCAAUAUUAUGUUUGUUUUAAAAGAAUAUGUUGCCAAUAUUAUGUUUGUUUUAAAAGAAUAUGUUGCCAAUAUUAUGUUUGUUUUAAAAGAAUAUGUUGCCAAUAUUAUGUUUGUUUUAAAAGAAUAUGUUGUCAAUAUUAUGUUUGUUUUAAAAGAAUAUGUUGCCAAUAUUAUGUUUGUUUUAAAAGAAUAUGCUGCCACUAUUAUGUUUGUUUUAAAAGAAUAUGUUGCCACUAUUAUGUUUGUUUUUCUAUCUUCCCCAGAUGAACUUCCUUAUCCCUAUUUGCGAACUUUGCUCAGAUUUGAUACACGGGAAUUCCUCAAUGUUUUGGCUUUGGUAAACAACUCUAUCCUUAUUUCUUUAUCCCAAAAUAUAGCAAGGCUUUUGGUUAAAUUUGUCAAGACAUUUUUGUUUAAAUUUGUCAAGAUUUUUGGUUAAAUUUGGCUAGAGUAAAUAUUGACAAAGUAUUUGAAAGGUUCUGGAAUUUUCUUCUCUCAAAAACAAAUGUUUUCUCUCAGUCAUUGCCAUCAAAACAUAUCAAAUAAUACAUUUUAAUGGUGCAUCAGCCUUUGUUGUUGAAAUGUGAAAUAAAAAGAGAAUAUGACAUGUAAAGAUGAUUUUGGAAUCAUUCAGAGAAUAUUUGCAAUCCUCCAGUAACUGAUACUUCACAUGUUUUGUCCUCUUUCUGUUUAUUCGGUGAUUUAUUUAAACAGAAUUAUUUAAGUUUUUUUGUUUGUUUUUUUUAUCAGGCUUUUGAGGAGCCAGAAUUUAAUACUCCUGAGGGGUAAGUAGUAUACUAUGGUCUAGUGCUCUGAUAAUAUUAGUAUACUAUGGUCUAGUGCUCUGAUAAUAUUAGUAUACUAUGGUCUAGUGCUCUGAUAAUAUUAGUAUACUAUGGUCUAGUGCUCUGAUAAUAUUAGUAUACUAUGGUCUAGUGCUCUGAUAAUAUUAGUAUACUAUGGUCUAGUGCUCUGAUAAUAUUAGUAUACUAUGGUCUAGUGCUCUGAUAAUAUUAGUAUACUAUGGUCUAGUGCUCUGAUAAUAUUAGUAUACUAUGGUCUAGUGCUCUGAUAAUAUUAGUAUACACUUGUCUAGUGCUCUGAUAAUAUUAGUAUACUAUGGUCUAGUGCUCUGAUAAUAUUAGUAUACACUUGUCUAGUGCUCUGAUAAUAUUUGUAUACACUUGUCUUGUGCUCUGAUAAUAUUUGUAUACAAUUGUCUUGUGUUCUGAUAAUAUUUAAAAACAAAAUUGUAAUUUUAUGAAACUUUGCAUUUUUUAAAAUUUGAAAGCCUCAUUGAACUUUUUGUGUUUUUAUAAAAAAGCACAAUGGUUCUCAAAUCUGUCAUUCUCAUUUAAAAUAUAAAUACGUAUGUGUAGAAAGAUUAAAAAUCAUUGACAAAUAAAUUGAUACUAUAAUAUAACCCUCUUGGCUGUUCAGAUUACAUAUAUUGUUACUGACUAUUUGAGCACAUCUUGCUUGUAGCACCUUGGCUGCUCAUGAGAUGUCCUUGUCCAUCCUUGUAGUGGAAGUUGACUCUGAUAUUUAGAUGGGAAACUUAAAAGUUUUUGUUUAUUAUUUUUUUCCUUCUUAAAAUUUUUUUUAUUUCCAACAGUAAACAAAAACGACAGAGGGUUGUAGACAUCCUCUUACAAGUUAUGGUGGAGAGUGUUGGCUUUACAGUAAGUUAUGGUGGAGAGUGUUGGCCUUACAGUGAGUUAUGGUGGAGAGUGUUGGCUUUACAGUAAGUUAUGGUGGAGAGUGGUGGCUUUACAGUAAGUUAUGGUGGAGAGUGGUGGCUUUACAGUAAGUUAUGGUGGAGAGUGUUGGCUUUACAGUAAGUUAUGGUUUAGAGUGGUGGCUUUACAGUAAGUUAUGGUGGAGAGUGGUGGCUUUAGAGUAAGUUAUGGUGGAGAGUGGUGGCUUUACAGUAAGUUAUGAUGGAGAGUGGUGGCUUUACAGUAUGUUAUGGAAUUAUAAUUUUAAUCACUAAAUGCUUAUUAAGGAGAAAAGUCAUUUUGGUUCAUAAAAUUAUUCCUGACAAAUGUGAAAAAUGCUGAUGAGGCAAGGGCAGAAUUUUAAAAAAAAUUUUUUUUUAGAAUAUUAAACAAUCAGAGCACAGUUUGAUUAUUGUUUUAUUAUUCCUACUCUUGUUGACCCAUUCAGCCCACACAGAUUGGGAUCUUGUUCACCUUCUUGGCCCGCCAGAUGGCCAGACAUGAAAACACCAUCCAAGUCAACAGAGUGCUGUUUGAACAGGUAAACGUGCUGUGAUGUCAUCAGCUGGAAUUUGUUCUAAAUGUUGCUUGUGUGUAAUGUUGGAGGUGUGCAUUUCACUGGCAAAAAUGUUGAGAGCAUAUGUGUCAGUCAUAUUGUUCUUAAUCAGCCUUUAUGAAUGAAUUUAAUUGCUUAAGCCAGUUGGUAUUAGAGCCUUGUUAGUAUGCUAUGAAGAUCUAUAGAUUGUACAUUAUAUCAAUCAAUCUUUUUCCAUAUAACUUCAAUUAAUGAUUAUAACAAUAAUUUGACUUCAAAUCCGCAAUAACCUUCAAGUUAUUUUUAUUUACCACUAAGUUUCUAUUGGCCAGAAAAGUGAAACCUUUAAAUUUAAUUUUUUGUUUGGAAUGUGCUUUGUGUAAGGGGGAGAUUCAUCAUUGAUAAAUUGGUAUAGUAACACACAGGUAGGCAUUCGCCAAAACUUACUCUGGUCGUCAAAUGAUGAAAAGCCUUUUCACUUGCCUCUUGUCCUUCUUUGGUCAGGUUUUGGAGUUCUUGGCCAACCCAGAAGAUGAAUCCAGGCAUGAGGAGAGACAACAGGCCUUGAUGGAGUUGUUACAAGCCGGGGGUCUUGCUCAGUUCAAUGAAGGCCGUCUGCUUAGUUUGGCCCAUACAGCCAAGUUGUAAGUUAUGUUAACCACACAGCCAAAGUGUAAGUUAUGUUAACCACACAGCCAAGUUGUAAGUUAUGUUAACCACUCAGCCAAGUUGUAAGUUAUGUUAAAUUGCAUUGUACCAAAGAUUGGCUCACUUUUCAACAUGGGGUUAAACUCUUUCCCAGCUACAGCGAAGCUAUGAGGGUCCAUACAUAAUGAGGGUCCAUACAUAAUGAGGGUCCACACAUAAUGAGGAUCCACACAUAAUGAGGGUCCACACAUAAUGAGGGACCACACAUAAUGAGGGUCCACACAUAAUGAGGGUCCACACGUAAUGAGGGUCCAGACGUAAUGAGGGUCCACACGUAAUGAGGGUCCAUACAUAAUGAGGGUCCACACAUAAUGAGGGUCCACACGUAAUGAGGGUCCACACAUAAGAAUGUGCAAUGUUACCAUUAAAACUUUUUUGAAAAAUCAGAUGAAUAUAGUUAAGGCAAUUACAAUUGUACAUUUUGAUUAAUUAAACAAAAUUGUUGCAAGAACAUCAUCCAAAUUGUUAUUUCAUAGUUCUAAAACUAAUUCAAAGCCGUAAUCAGAAAUGUUUCUUUAGUUUUAAUAACUUAACAGCUUGUCCAAUUUUCAAACAUAUUUAAAUAAGUUGAGACCAUAACAAUGCGAUUUUUAUUUUUAAAUGUUAAUUUUAUAAAGACACGACUUAUUUAUUUCAUUAUGACUCUUUCAGUUACCGAGUGUGUGAGUAUCUUUUUGAAAAGAGGAGAAGCUUUGACAAGAUUCUCACAUGCUAUCUCAAGGACCCAGCCCGUAGGGUAAGACCGUGUAUUUUCAAAGACUCUCUCUCCUUCAUUUCCAUCUUGUGGAUGUGUAAAUGGAGCAUUAUUUAUUUGUUUACACACAUGACAUUUCAAGAUUUCUCGUGCUCUGUUCACCUUAAAAUGCCUUACAUGAAGAAAGUCUGUGAAGAAAAUAUUUUCAACAAUGUAAAAAAAUAAAACAUAUUUAAGUUUGAAUACUUUUGCUACAUAGAGGGCUCAUCUACAUUUCUACACAUCUGCACAGUCUUUAAUUGCAUUUUAAGAAAUUUUAAAUUAUUUUCUACUUUUAUGUGCGUUUUAUCUCAUUUUUGACAGAAAGUCUUUUUCAAAAAGUUUUUUUUAAUGUGUUUGUACUACGUUAUGUCUGUGAGCUGAACAUUGUUUACAAAUUAAAAUUAUUCUUGCUUUUACAUAUCUGUCCUAGACAUCAUAUCAUGCCAUUGUUAUGUUUUGGGGGGGGCAGGUGGAAUCUAGUUUACUGCUUUAUCAGGUAUUUUGCCAUUGGCGACAAGAGACAGAUUGGUGGAGGGGUGGGCAGUUGAAUCAAUUUUUAAUAGUGGAAGUAGUUAACUUGUAGAAACGGAAAUAGUUCAUUUGAAUAUUUGUACACUUCAGUACCAUGUGUUCAAGUACAUAGACAGCAUCAUGCAGAGCCCCACGUGUACUCCUGGAGAGAAGAGUGCCCUGCAGGAGGAAGCUCUAAAAAAUUUAGAGGUAACAUUGGACAUUGAUUUUUUAUCUCAAGUUAUCUAGUCAUUCGUGUUAAGUAUUUAGACAAAACAGAAUACCAAAAAAAAGCAAUCUCUACAGUUUUUUGUUUGUUUAAUAAACUUUUUGGCCAUGCAUUGCUUUAUGUACAGGACCUUGUGAGCAUAGACUGUAAGCAAGCCGCGCAGACUGUGAUAUCCUGCUUGUCCAGUGGAUUACUGGACAUCGUGAAGAGACUGGGCUCAAACAGGACUUUGUUGUUUGAAUUCCUACAAGGGGUUAUAUUCUACAGGUAGCGUCAUCCAAUCAAAUAUGUUCUUGUAUUGCUUUUUAGUUUCAAAUUAUUUCUCAAAACAUUAAAUUUUUAAAUUCUUAGAAGAUUGUGUCUUCCUUUAUGCCGUCUUACAACUGGUUCAUAUGUUUUUUUAUGCUGCCUUACAACUGAGUCAUAUGUUUGUUUAUGCCAUCUUAAAACUGGGUCAUAUGUUUGUUUAUGCUGCCUUACAACCCUGUCAUACGUUUGUUUAUGCUGCCUUACAACCAGGUCAUAAGUUUGUUUAUGCUGCCUUACAACUGGGUCAUACGUUUGUUCCAGAGAUGCCCAAGGUAGUGCACUGAGACCAGAGAAGCAGAUCAUCAUUGAGCCCCAGGUAUUGGAGCAGUACAUUGACCUGAUGUGCAGCUACAAGCCACAGGACGUCUGUGGGUUUGUUAAGCUAAAUGAAGGCUACCGUCUUGAGGAGACGCUAGAGGUAGACAAAGUUCUAUGUGCUAAAACUAGCGUACAUUGGUAAAAAAAUAUAGGUUGCCAGAUAAAACUAGUGUACAUUGGUAAAUAAAGACAGGUUGCCAGAUAAAACUAGUGCACAUUGGUAAAUAAAGAUAGGUUGCCAGAUAAAACUAGUGCACAUUGGUAAAUAAAGAUAGGUUGCCAGAUAAAACUAGUGUUGGUAAAUAAAGAUAGGUUGCCAGAUAAAAUUAGUGUACAUUGGUAAAUAAAGAUGCUUUGACUGAUAAAACUAGUGUACAUUGGUACAUAAAGAUGCCUUGCCUGAUAAAGCAAGUGUACAUUGGUACAUAAAGAUAGGUUGCCAGAUAAAACUAGUGUACAUUGGUACAUAAAGAUAUGUGUCCAUAUAGAGGAUUACAAUUGUGUGUCAGUAUUUUUUAAUUGGGUAAUCAUAAAGGCAGAAAAGAAUGAAAUAUAAAUUUAAACUUGUUAUUUUUGUGUGUGAAUUAAUCUCAGACUUAAUAUUGCACUACAUGUUUUCUUCUGUAUUGAAAGAUUGUUCGCAGGCAUCAAGCUUGGGAAGCCACAGCGUAUUUGUUGGAGAAGGCUGGUGAUAUACAAGGUGCAUUCAGGAUAUUGCUGGAGGUAACUUAAAAUUGUCUGCCCAUCCUAAGUGAUCAAACUGCAAGAUCUUGUUAAUUAUAGUACACCGUUUACACAUUAGGAGAGUAAAGCAAAGAGUAUGUUGCAGAGUAAAGCAAAGAGUAUGUUGCAGAGUAAAGCUAAGAGUAUGUUGCAGAGUAAAGCAAAGAGUAUGUGACAAAGUAAAGCAAAGAGUAUUUGACAGAGUAAUGCAAAGAGUAUGUAAGAGUAAUGCAAAUAGUAUGUGACAGAGUGAAGCAGAGUAAUUGACAGAGUAAACCAAAGAGUAAGUGACGGAGUAAAGCAAAGAGUAAGUGACAGAGUAAACUAAAGAUUAUGUGACUAACCCCGGCAAUAAACAAUAUAAUAAAUCUUAGGAACCCAUAUGUAGUCAUUAAAACUAAUUGUCUCGUGUUCCUACAGAACCUGCAGAGCCACCUGAAGACCCUGAGCCAGCAAGUGCAGAAGGAAACAACUGAUUUAACAGGUUUUUAAAUUUGAUUUUGUCAACAGAACCACAUGGAUGCAGUUUAUAAAAAUAUUUAAGUAAAAUUUGGAGGAUUUUUUCCUCUACAUUAAACUUUUAAAAGAAAACAUAUAGAAUCAGAAGUUAAAAAAAAAAAAAUUGAUGAGAGCAGGAAUGUUUCCACUUUGACACCCUUGAAGUUAAAUCGAAAUGAUAUCUGCCACAAAUUUAAUUUUGGAGUAUUAUACUACAUAAUUUAUUGCCAUGGCAAGUGUGAACCACUCGUUGGUGACAUUGGUGAGACCACAGAGAUCAGAAACAUUUAAACAACAUGACAAUUUCUUCAGCCAUGGUCAACAUAUUUUUAGAUGGACAAAUUAAUGAUUUGAUUUUCUGAGGAAUGCUGGCCUAAUUUCUUUUACCGCUACUGUAUCUUUACUUUUUGCCUGAAAGCUACCAAGAUUUUGUUCUCCAAGGCUGAAACUCGACUCUACAUCAUCGUACAGCUGUGCCAGAGAAAUUCAGCCAAAAUUGAUGAGGCUGCCAGGGAGGUUGGUCUAGUGACUAAUUGAAUUAUUCAGAACCCUUUAUGUGUUUUAAUCAUUCUUAAGUGUUAAAGUUUUAAACCCGUCAUUCUCAAAAAAAUGAGUUUCAUACCCUAAAACAUACCAUUCUCAAACAAUGAGUUUCAUAUCUUUUUCCUUUGUGUCUGAAGCUUUGAUUAAGUGCUUCUCAUUAACAUUUGAGGAAUCAAACAGAAGCUGCUGUCAUUAAAGGCUAGUAAACCUUAUGCUCUGUCCCACCAGGCCUUGUGGUUCCCUCUUCUAGAAGCUGUAGUCUCCCCACAAAGGAAGUUAAAAAACACACUGGAAAAAGAUGUUAUGGACUGUAAGUAAUAAGUUUAAAUAUUAAAAAUCAUAGUUUUCUGCAUGCUUAAUCAAGUCUUAAUUGAAUGAGUAAGCCAGGUAAUCAUUAACAAAAAUGGCUUUUUCAUUUUUUUAUGAAUUUCCCUCAACCUAGGCUCUGAUUUGCUGUUGUUAUUUUUUCCAUUGCUUGUAUUGGACUAAUCAUUUCUCCCCCACCUUCUAGCAUAUAUUAUCUACUAGUCUUUAUUUUCUGCACUGCUACUUCCUGCUGUAUGAAAAACAAAAAAAUAAAAAUCAUUUCUAUUGAACACUUCAAUAAUUUUUUUUUAUCUUAGGUAUUCAUUUAUUAACAUCUUUAACUAAAAUAUGUACUCAGUCAUUUUAGAAGUCUGAGUUUUGGGGACAGGGUGCAUCUUAUGGAAUACUAAGAAAAGACAUGCUUUAUCAUAUGUUCUGUCCAGGUCUAGUCUAAGGCAUAAUCUUGACAACACUUAUAAAAUUCAUGACAGUUUAUAAAUACACUAUUAUUUCUUGAGACAGUAAGGAUUAUAGUUUAUAAGCACACUUUUAUUUCUUGAGACAGUAAGGCAUAAUCUUGACAACACAAAUAAAAUUGAUGACAGAAUAUAAAUAUUUAUUUCUUGAGCCAGUAAAGCAUAAAAUCUUGAUGAGAAUACUACAACUGAUGUAAAUCCAUUUAUAUUUCUUGCGACAGGUUUUAAGGAGAUGACUCACCAUGUACUCAACAGCAUGAUGGGAUACAUCUCCCCGCCUGCCAUAUUGCAGAAAAUCAUGCAGGUAACCCUGGAUUUUGCGUUAGCUUUGACUCGGACAAGCUAAUUUUAAAAAACAGUUACUAGUAAAAAAAUAUGUAAAAAAUCAUUUACUUUAUGUAAAAAGUUUAAUGAAUGUAAAUUGAUGCUGAUGUGUGAUGGUUUGUUUGGUUGUAAAGUGCAUCCAUUUAACUUCAGGACCCAGCCUACAACACGGGGAAGUUCGGAGAGGUCAAAGAGCUGAUCAUCGGGAUGUUGGAGAACUACAACUACGAAGAAGUGAGAAACCACCGGUCAUGUCUUAGGUCAUGUGAUAACAGUCAUUUAAACAUCUGUACAGACCACCGGUUAUGUCUUAGGUCAUGUGAUAACAGUCAUUUAAACAUCCGUACAGACCACCGGUCAUGUCUUAGGUCAUGUAACAAGUCAUUUAAACAUUCGUACAGACCACCGGUCAUGUCUUAGGUCAUGUGACAAGUCAUUUAAACAUUCGUACAGACCACCGGUCAUGUCUUAGGUCAUGUGAUAACAGUCAUUUAAACAUUCGUACAGACCACUGGUCAUGUCUUAGGUCAUGUACAAGUCAUUGAAACAUUCGUACAGACCACCGGUCAUGUCUUAGGUCAUGUGAUAACAGUCAUUUAAACAUCCAUACAGACCACCGGUCAUGUCUUAGGUCAUGUGAUAAUAGUCAUUUUAAUAUCCGUACAGACCACCGAUCAUGUCUUAGGUCAUGUGAUAACAGUCAUUUAAACAUCCAUACAGACCACUGGUCAUAUCUUAGGUCAUGUGAUAACAGUCAUUUAAACAUUCGUACAGACCACCAGUCAUGUCUUAGGUCAUGUGAUAACAGUCAUUUAAACAUCCGUACAGACAACCGGUCAUGUCUUAGGUCAUGUGAUAACAGUCAUUUAAACAUCCGUACAGACCAUCGGUCAUGUCUUAGGUCAUGUGAUAACAGUCAUUUAAACAUCCGUACAGACCACCGGUCAUAUCUUAGGUCAUGUGAUAACAGUCAUUUAAACAUUCGUACAGACCACCAGUCAUUUCUUAGGUCAUGUGAUAACAGUCAUUUAAACAUCCGUACAGACCACUGGUCAUGUCUUAGGUCAUGUGACAAGUCAUUUAAACAUUCGUACAGACCACCGGUCAUGUCUUAGGUCAUGUGAUAACAGUCAUUUAAACAUCCGUACAGACCACCGGUCAUGUCUUAGGUCAUGUGAUAACAGUCAUUUAAAUAUUCGUACAGACCACCGGUUAUGUCUUAGGUCAUGUGAUAACAAGUCAUUUAAACAUCCGUACAGACCACUGGUCAUGUCUUAGGUCAUGUGAUAACAGUCAUAUAAACAUUCGUACAGACCACCGGUCAUGUCUUAGGUCAUGUGAUAACAGUCAUUUAAACAUUUGUACAGACCACUGGUCAUGUCUUAGGUCAUGUGAUAACAGUCAUUUAAACAUCCGUACAGACCACUGGUCAUGUCUUAGGUCAUGUGAUAACAGUCAUUUAAACAUUCGUACAGACCACCGGUCAUGUCUUAGGUCAUGUGAUAACAGUCAUUUAAACAUCCGUACAGACCACCGGUCAUGUCUUAGGUCAUGUGACAAGUCAUUUAAACAUCCGUACAGACCACUGGUCAUGUCUUAGGUCAUGUGAUAACAGUCAUUUAAAUAUCUGUACAGACCACCGGUCAUGUCUUAGGUCAUGUGAUAACAGUCAUUUAAACAUUCGUACAGACCACCGGUCAUGUCUUAGGUCAUGUGAUAACAUUCAUUUAAAUAUCCGUACAGACCACCGGUCAUGUCUUAGGUUAUGUGAUAACAGUCAUUUAAAUAUCCGUACAGACCACCGGUUAUGUCUUAGGUCAUGUGAUAACAUUCUGUUAAAUAUCCGUACAGACCACUGGUCAUGUCUUAGGUCAUGUGAUAACAGUCAUAUAAACAUUCGUACAGACCACUGGUCAUGUCUUAGGUCAUGUGAUAACAUUCAUUUAAAUAUCCGUACAGACCACCGGUCAUGUCUUAGGUCAUGUGAUAACAUUCAUUUAAACAUCCGUACAGACCACCGGUCAUGUCUUAGGUCAUGUGAUAACAUUCAUUUAAACAUUCGUACAGACCACUGGUCAUGUCUUAGGUCAUGUGAUAACAGUCAUUUAAACAUUCGUACAGACCACCGGUCAUGUCUUAGGUCAUGUGAUAACAGUCAUUUAAACAUUCGUACAGACCACCGGUCAUGUCUUAGGUCAUGUGAUAACAGUCAUUUAAACAUCCGUACAGACCACCGGUCAUGUCUUAGGUCAUGUGAUAACAGUCAUUUAAACAUCCGUACAGACCACCGGUCAUGUCUUAGGUCAUGUGAUAACAGUCAUUUAAAUAUCCGUACAGAUCUACACACAUGACCCAUGAAAUUCUCCUUUUGAAUAAUUUUCAGUUUUAAAUAUGUAGUCUAGAGUUAGUCUACAGCAAGAAAAGAGUAAGGGAUGUUGCCCAUGGUCCUGUGCCAAUGACAUUUCGUAUAUUCUCUAUUUCCCCAUGACAUGGCCAUAUUAAGAUCUGAUCCAUAAAUUCUCUAUUUCCCCAUGACAUGGCCAUAUUAAGAUCUGAUCCAUAAAUUCCGUAGGCAGCCAUGGCUCCACAUCCUUUUUAAAAAUUCACUUUAGUUCAACAUUUGGCAAGGGGGCUAACUCAUUGACUUUUUCAAAUGAUGAUGAGAUUCUGUCUUGUGAGUCUUUACUGAACCCAAAGAGUGUUUGUUAUUGUUAGUUUAUAAUUAAGUCAGUUGGUGUAAACUGUCUCUUUUAGUAACAUUCAGAAAUGAUGUAAUAUAGUUUAUCAUGGUGGGCUGUGGCUCUGUAAGUAAAUUUUCAAAAGGUAAAUAAACCUAUUCUGGUGUGUUUUUUUUUUUAAAAUGUAGACUCUAAUGGAGACCUGUAAAAACCUUGUGUACCAUGACCUUCACAUUCACCUGCGGAGUCUGACCCAAACAGCAACACGAGGGUUCGUGCCACGAGAACAUUCCUGCAACUUGUGCAAUCAGAAUUUUACAGACACUCCACCUUCUGACACAGUUUUGGUCUUCAGGUUUGUUUUGUAACUUCUUUUGUAACUUGUUGUGCAACUUGUUUUGUAACUUUUUUUGUAAUUUGUUGUGCAACUUGUUGUGUAACUUGUUUUUGCAACUAGUUGUGUAACUUGUUUUGUAACUUGUUUUGUAACUUGUUCUGUAACUUGUUUUGUAACUUGUUGUGUAACUUGUUUUGUAACUUGUUUUGUAACUUGUUUUGUAACUUGUUUUGUAACUUGUUCUGUAACUUGUUUUGUAACUUGUUGUGUAACUUGUUUUGUAACUUGUAUUGUAACUUGUUUUGUAACUUGUUUUGUAACUUGUUUUGUAACUUGUUUUGUAACUUGUUUUGUAACUUGUUUUGUAACUUGUUUUGUAACUUGUUUUGUAACUUGUUUUGUAACUUGUUUUGUAACUUGUUUUGUAACUUGUUGUGUAACUUGUUUUGCAUUUUGUUGUUGCGUAACUUUUUGUUGCGUAACUUGUUGUGUUACUUGUGUAACUUGUUGCGCCUUUCCUGUCUUCUAGCUUCAAUGUUAUCAGAUUAUAUUGAGAAAAUAUUCAAAUUUAAUAUUUGACCUUCCUCUGAUUAAACAAAGAUCUCUAAAUCCAAGUGCAUUAAACUCUCCACUUUUUAAAAUUUCAGUUCCAAGUAACUGUUUUUUUAUGAUGCAAUAUAAGAUUUAUAAUAAGCUGACAAAAUAUCACAUCCAAAAAAAAAAAAAAAAAGUCACAUGUUCCUUGAUGUCACUUGCUGUACAUCUAGAGAUGUAAAUCUGGGAACACCUGAUCUCCCCACUUGAUCUCCCCACUUGAUCUCCCCACCUGAUCUCCCCACAUGAUCUCCCCACCUGAUCUCCCCACCUGAUUUCCCCACCUGAUUCCCACCUGAUCUCCCUACUUGAUCUCCCCACCUGAUCUCCCCACUUGAUCUCCUCACCUGAUCUCCCCACCUGAUCUCCCCACCUGAUCUCUCCACUUGAUCUCCCCACCUGAUCUCCCCACCUGAUCUCCCCACCUGAUCUCCCCACCUGAUCUCUCCACCUGAUCUCCCCACUUGAUCUCCCCACUUGAUCCCCACUUGAUCUCCCCACUUGAUCUCCCCUCUUGAUCUCCCCACUUGAUCUCCCCACCUGAUUUCCCCACCUGAUCUCCCCACUUGACCUUCCCACCUGAUCUCCCUACUUGAUCUCCCCUUUUGAUCUCCUCUCUUGAUCUCCCCACCUGAUCUCCCCACCUGAUCUCCCCUCACAGAUGCGGUCACACCUACCACACCCCAUGUCUACGUGCGGUGGGCUCCAUCCACAUGUUGGACGGUGAGGAAGUGUGGGUAUGCUACCAGUGCAGCAACACGCGACGUUCACGCAACACCACCAGCACCAGGUUCCACCGGUCUCUGUCCAACCCGAGUCAAAGCUUGAGGGCUGGACGUAGAGAAAAGAAAGAUAACACUGAGGCAAGUAUUCUCUCCCUUGUUUAACAAAUCUCAUCUGAGACCCUCGCAGUUUGCUAUAAAAUACUGUUCAUGAUACAAAGUGACUCAACUAAAAUUGGUAAAGGGAUUUAAACCCCAGGCAUCAACCAAAAUAAAAGAGUAAAAUGUUAAGAGUAUUUUAGACAAAAGUUUAAAGGCCUACAACUUCUUUUUUUUUAUCUAUUGCUACGCUUAGGGACAAUUCAAAAUGAGGAUAACACACAUUUCUGAAACAAAAGAGAAAUAACAAAUUAUGCCUGUGUGAUUAAAGAAAAUUCAGUUUCUGUGACAUAAGAGAAAAAAAAUUGUUGGAUUUAGGAAGAAGAUGAAAUCAUUUUGGAUUCUAGAUCUCAAAUUGUUCAAAUACAUUACUUAAAUUUUUUAAUUUUUUUAAAUUUUAAUCCAAAAACUAUUAUCAUUCCAUUGACAGUAAUAUAUAUAUAUUAUUUUCAACAGUUUAUACUGGACCCUCAUCACCUGCAAGCUUUUGAAACUAUCAGAAAAUCAUUGAAGACACCAUCAAGGGUAAGAUUAAAAUGUCAAGAGGAAAAAUGCAGUGAUCUCAACUAACAAACUGAAAAUUACAUAUCAUCUCUUUCCAACAAUUUUACACCAAUAAUUUUUUUCUAACAAGUUUUAAUUUUAAAUGACCACACUUCCCUUAUACUGUGGCUGAGCCUAGAGAUAAUGACAUGUUCUUACCAUGGGUCAAUGUUUACCUCCACAGCUGGCUAUCCUCACAGAACUGGCCAAGCCAGAAACAUCAAGUGGGCAUCACUCUAGCUCCGGGGUGUUCAAACAUGAAAACUUCCAGCUCAGAGUUGCAGCCCCUAGUCCUAUAACUACUACUUGAAUGGAGCCGUUAAAAUUAGAACCUCUGUAAUAGUUGCAAUAAUGUCAUUACAAAGCAUUUACAUUUAAAGCAUCAUCACUUUUAAACAAAAAAAUUUCAUAUGUAUAUAUUUUUUUAAAUUAUUUGUGUUGCACCCUGCAUUAAUUAAGUUUACUCAAUAUGUUUACUCAAUAUAUUUAUUCAUCCUAAUUUUAUUUUGUUGCCAUUUCACCUGUCCAAGUCACAGUCAAAGAAUCUGAUGGCUUUUCCUUGUGAUAGUUCUUUGUGGAUUUCACCACAUAUUGUAUUUUGUUUUCUCAUGACAUGCCCCAACUGUCUCUGCUCUGAAAAUCAAUCAUGAUACUGAAACCAUGUUGAAAUUUUAACACAUUCUGGUGUAAGUUUGGUCCAAAUAUUCUAGACUAGGAUUCUGAAACAAUGUUAACACCUUAACACAUUCUGGUGCAAGUUCGGGCCAAAUGUUCUAGGCUAGGAUUCUGAAACAAUGUUAACACCUUAACACAUUCUGGUGCAAGUUCGGGCCAAAUGUUCUAGGCUAGAGCACUUAGAAAUCUUUCAAACUUACUUUAUCCCUAAGAGACAUUUUCCUGAAACUCCAGUUUUGUCCAUUGAAAUUUAACUUCUCACUGUCAAUCCUGUUCACCAUAUUCUAAAAUCUCAUCUUUGUGUGUUGUCACACUUUAAUAUCAGAUUGAGAUUAAUACUUGUUAAAUAUGUUGUGUUACAAUUGUUUGAAAAAUCUGUGGAUAAUAUUGUUAGUGUUGUUAAUUUUAUUAGUUAAGUGUAAGUAUUGCAUUGCUGGCAAUUUUUGUUGUGAUAAAUCUAACCAUUCUUCUGAGUUGCUCAAAAUGAUGUUAGAUAGAUGACAAAUGGUUGUAACAUUCAACUACAGAUACUGGGAAUAAUAAAGUUGAAGCUGAU